AUGACACCGUGUCGACACUGGUUCACAACCCUAAAGCUCCGUCGCAAAAUCUUGGAGGCCGAAUCAGCGCCGUCCAAGACCGCCAACCAGAAGUUGCAGCGAAUGCAGGACACUUACGCAGACUACCAGAAGCAGCUGGAAAUCGCGGGCAUAGACUUCGCUGCCGAAGCUGAACAGGAGGACAAGGCUCAAGCGCAACAGGAAAAGUUAAAGAAUUUGGAAGCAGAGUUUAGCGAUGCAUGGAGAGAGCACAAUGGUCUCGCGAGGCGCGAGGCACCAGCGAAUGAGUGUGGCUGCCAGAAAGAGGCCCGCCUAGAACGAGAGGCCGAGGAAACCGCCAAGGCUAAGGUGGAUAAGAGUCAGUUCUCAAUGCGAGAGCGUAUCGAGUACAAAAUCGCCAGCCUCGAAGCCAAAGUGGAGGAACAGAGGUUCAGGCUGCAGUGGUUCGGAGACCAAGGGAUUGAUGUGGAUGCCAAAACUGUAGUGGCCGACAAGGCUGAAGUAGUGAAGGAUGAACUUUAGUAGCACAUACAUACGGACUACGGAGCCCCGCGGAUAUAGAUACAAGUGGUUUCCCCUGGUAUUGAUGCAAUUGGUUGGAUGCAGGGUUUUAGGGUUUAGGGUUAUAGCCAAUGGAGUGUACACACGGUAUACACUACACACUCAUGAGAGCCGUUGGGUUGCCGAUAUAUACCGUGUGAUCAUAUGUUUCAUUUAGAAGGCUACGGUGUGAUCCCCACGGGAUGGGUCGAUUUUAAGUUCUAAUAAAUAAAAUGGGCACUAAAGGUGGACUCGCUAGAGUAUAUUUCGAGGUACUCCUGUGAUGAUGUAUUCCAGUCCUACAGACAUGACCUUCU